AUGUCGCACCUCGCGGCCAAGACGCCGCGGCUGGUCGUGCCUGGGCUCCAGAACCUGGGCAACACGUGCUUCUUCAAUGCGAUUCUACAGGCGCUAGCGUCGCUGCCCAGCGUCCACGAGUACCUCGAGGAGAUCGAGCAGCGCGCGCGCGUCACGAAGCGCACGGUCACGUUCACUGGCGCCUUGCGGGACUGCCUCGAUGCGCUGAUGCCCCGAGAAGCUGAUGGCCAAUCGCGUCGCGUCGUUGUGGCGCCACGGAUCCUGAACGCGGAGCUCACGAGCAGGUUGAGCGCCUUCCGGGGCAACAAACAGCAAGACUCGCAAGAGCUGCUUCAGUUUCUAUUCAAGCUCGUGGGCAAUGAGCAACGCUGUUGUUCGGUACGAGACCGCGGCUUGGUCGACUUGAUAAUGACGAACGGUCAAGAUACUGGAACGUUGAGCUCGAUCAGCGAUCUCCGGCUACUGCAAGCAGUCGACGACCGAAGCUGGAACCCGCUGCAGGGCCUACAAGUGAAUUUACUGGAGUGCGGUCGAUGCUCUCGCGUCCGGCCUCUCAAGAACCAGCCGUUUCUCGAUGUGUCUCUGUCGCUUGUGGCCCUGGACGACCGAAAGCUCUCGCGUCUUACCGACGCGCUGCAGUUGUACACGGAAUCAGAGGUUAUUGAUGGGGUGGAGUGCAGCCACUGCAGUGUGGCGGACGAGCUGAAAGCUACAGAGGAGGAAGAUCGACAGGAGAUGGAGAAUAUGGAACAGCGUGAGCACGGCAGCGUUAGCCUCGGAUUGGAUCAGGAGAUCGCGCAGCUGGAGCGGAAAGAUUGGAUUUACAAACUGAAGCAGCUAGCUGUCUCAUCGUCUAGCGUUGAUCUGGAACAGCUUGAACGGCCGAUUCAGCGUCGCCGUAGCACAAGCUACAAGCGCUUGCGAUUCUCGCGCAGUCCGGACGUAUUCUGUUUUCAUCUGAAUCGAAAAGUCUACAGGAGAACUGGUGGAGCAGUCAAGCUGGAAACGUAUGUGGAGUUCCCUUUGGAGCUAGAUAUGAGUGUCUACUGUCAGUACGAGUUGGAGGACUCUGCCGAGCAAAAGCCGAUCAAUGGCGCCUCGUGCUCGGCAACUCAACGGUCUACAGUGUCUUCACCACCCGUCAGCGAGGCCAGUAAGAAGCAAUAUUUGCUGUACGAUCUGACGGCGGUCAUUUUGCAUCAUGGGAACGAGCGGUACGGCCAUUUUACAGCAUACCGCCGCGCCGGUCCGUCACAGUGGUUUUUCGUCUCCGAUGAGAGUGUACGUGAGGCUCCUGUCGCUGAAGUGUUAAGCAGCUGUGCGUACAUGCUAUUCUACGAACGCAAGUUGCGAACCAAGGGAAUAGCACGCAGUUCUGAGACUGAAGAGAACACAGAUGACGACGACAGUCUACCGGAUGUACCCUUUGAACCUCUCUUGAUGCUGCCGAACGGCCGCUAUUGA